UUUCUUCCUCUGCAAAAGCAUCCAGCCAUACAGCAUUACAGCAAACGAGGGAUUCAAGUACCUGCUUGAGGUGUUGGAGCCGAGGUAUAGCAUACCCGACAGAAAAGUGUUUUCUGACAAGCUAGUCCCUGCACUUUAUGAGAAAGUAAAGAUGGAUGUUGUCGACUCAAUGAGCCGUGCUCAGAGGGUUUCAAUAACGGUAGACGGAUGGACAUCUUGUGCCACUGAUUCAUAUAUUACAGUCACGGCACACUACGUGACCGAGGAAUGGGACUUGCAGUCUCAUGUCCUGCAAACACGAGUGUUUAAUGCGUCUCAUACCGGGGCAAACCUAGCAGCGUUGCUGCAAAAUGUCCUGCGCGAGUGGAACAUCACAGAUAAAAACCCUGCCUUGGUCACGGACAACGCAAGGAAUAUGGUCGUGGCCGGAGCUGGCGCAGAUCUUACGCCCCACGUCAGAUGCGUAGCCCACACAUUAAAUUUGGCCUCGCAAAAGGCACUCAAGAUGGACAGGGUGUCUGAACUGUUGGUAAAGGUGAGAAAGGUGGUGACGUAUUUCCACAAAAGCCCACAAGCAGCCGAAGUUCUACGGGAAAUUCAGUCCCAGCUGCACCUACCCAACCACAAGCUUAUCCAUGAUGUCUGCACAAGGUGGAACAGCUCAGUGGACAUGCUCGAGAGAUUUUGGGAGCAACAGCCUGCCCUGUUGAACGCUAUGCUAUCCAGGAGGAUCAGGAGGGGAGAAGGCCUGGCUGCAACCGCUGUGAACGAGGACGACAUGAGACUCAUCCAAGAAAUCAUAAAGUUGAUGUCCCCAGUGAAAGUGGCCACUACACUUCUAAGUGAGGAAAAAAGCCCAACCAUCUCAAUGAUCGCCCCAAUACAAGCCAAACUCCACAAACACUUCUCUGAAGACAACACCGACAUGCCAAUCAUCGCAGAGAUGAAGCGGCGCUUCCGACAGGAUUUUUUCGAUCGUUACGUGGAGCUCCAAGAACUCCUCAACAGUGCAUCGGCCCUUGAUCCCCGAUUCAAAGACCUGACUUUCCUUGAUGACGUCGACUCCAGAGAUCUCAUCUUCGUGAAAAUAACAGCAGAGGUGGUGAAGAUGAACGAAAAGAUGAAAGGCAUAGGUGCACUGGAUGAAGGAGGUGCACGGGAGAUGGAGGGGCACUGGAUGAAGGAGGGGCAGCUGAAGGAGGAGGUGAUAGAAGCCCCAGCAUAGAAGAAAGAAGAGAUGAUGAUGUCUUGCCUUCUCCCAAAAAGAAGACUGCCAUGGACCAGCUGUUUGGAGAGUUUGUCACCACAAGAACACCAAUGAAGACCACAAGGGAGAAAGCUAAGGAUGAAAUUUUAAAAUACAGAGAAAGAGACUCUUUAGAACUAGGCGGUGAUGUGUUGCAGUGGUGGAAAAAGCAGGCAGACCUACCACUCCUUUCAUCUUUAGCCAAAGAUUACUUGUCCAUCCCAGCAACUAGCGUGUCCUCUGAGCGUGUGUUUAGCAGUGCAGGCAAUAUUGUUACUGCCCAACGAAGUCUCUUGCACCCUGACCAUGUUGAUCAAUUGAUCUUUCUUAAAAAGAACUUGAAAAAGACACAUCUGGGUUAAAUGUUUCAAUUCAGUAGCCUGAACUGUUGCUCUCUUGUUAUUCUCAUUUGUUCAUAACUGUGAAUCAUUUUACAUUUGGAGGAAAAUGCAAUGAGUCCCUUUGUUGGUUUUUUAAGUUGUUAUAUUGGAGGGAAUCUCCUGGCCUUAAUCUUUUUUUUAGUAGCCCAUUUUAUUUGUUUUACCUCCUGUAUAAACUAAAUGCACUUUUGAAAGCUUAACCUGGAAACCUUAACCUUUUGUAGGUCUUGAGUUGUUCUACAACAUGCACUAAAGAGGAACCUUUUUGUUUAAGGUUAUACUUGUACUACAGUUCCAGAGAGACCUGUAAGCACUCUGUUACUUUAUGUGUUUUAAAAUAAAAGGCAUAGCUUUAAUGCUUCAAGUGCCAUAACUUGAACUACUCUGUAUUCCAUGGUGCACUUUUCUUCUGCAUUGCAUCGUAUCGUAUCGAAUCGCAUCGUAUCGCACUGGACCGCAUUGUAUUAGAAUUAAAUCGUACU